CCCAAACCCUAAUCUUGACCUCCGUUCCCCAAAACCCUAGCCCAGCCAUGGACGGCAGCGGCGGCGGCGGAGGAGGAGGGGGAGGCGGAGUGAUGGUGGGCGGCGGCGGCGGCCUUGGGGGCGGGGGAGGCGGUGUCGGAGGAGACGUGGAGCUCGUCAGCAAGACGCUGCAGUUCGAGCACAAGCUGUUCUACUUCGAUCUGAAGGAGAACCCGCGGGGGAGGUAUCUGAAGAUCUCGGAGAAGACCUCGGCCACGCGCUCCACCAUCAUCGUGCCCGUCGACGGCGUCGCCUGGUUCCUCGACCUAUUCGACUACUACAUCCGCACCGACGAGCGCGACGCCUUCAGCAAGGAGCUGCGCCUGCAAACCAAGGUGUUCUAUUUUGAUAUCGGGGAGAACAAGAGAGGCCGAUUCCUCAAGGUUUCCGAGGCCUCGGUCAACAGAAACCGUAGCACCAUAAUUGUUCCAGCUGGUAGCUCUGGUGAAGAAGGUUGGGAAGCAUUCAGAAAUGUACUAUUGGAAAUAAAUAGUGAGGCUUCCCGACUAUAUGUCCUACCAAAUCAUCCAAACCAGCAACACAUGGAACCACCAGAGCGCCUUCCUGGCCUUUCUGAUGAUGUUGGUGCUGGAUUUAUAGCUGGACAUGGUAGCCAAACCGCUACUGGACCAGAGGUAGAUGUUGAACGCUUAGUUGAUCUUCCUCCUCAGGAAGAAAUUAGCGGCAUGGGCAUGUCUAAAGUGAUUAGGGCAGAUCAGAAGAGGUUCUUCUUCGACCUGGGCAGCAACAACAGGGGCCAUUAUUUGAGGAUUUCUGAGGUGGCUGGAGUUGAUCGUUCAUCAAUAAUCUUACCGCUCUCUGGUUUGAAGCAGUUCCAUGAAAUGGUUGGUCACUUUGUAGAUAUAAUGAAGGACAGGCUUGAAGGAAUGUCAGGUGCCAAUGUGCGCAAUGUCGAGCCCAGCCAUAGAUGAUUACCUCGACCAUGGACCAUGGAGCAUGGCCUUGGCAAGACUGCUAUUAUGCCUCUUGUAGGUUUGUCAUGUAGUGUGUGGUAAUGUAGAUCACGCAGUAUUAAUUCAUCUGGUGGGGAUAAUAAAUGUUCUUUUUCCUUUUUGAAUUCCGUGGUGAGGAUUGAUUUGUUUGGGAAGUUUUCUUUCAGUUGGAGGAAUAAUAAGCAGUAUAUUAUUCGUGGGGUGGUAUAAGUUUGUUAUUGCUGCAUUUUUA